CAAAGGAAGCUUUGGAUUCUCCAUAAUCCUCUCCCUUCAAAACCCAGCGCUUUGCUUGUUUCCACCCCUGACCGAUCGAAGCAAUGGAGGUGACGAUGGACCCUCUGUUUCUGGCGUGGAGUUAUUUCAGAAGGCGGAAGCUGCAACAGUGUUCCGAAAUUUGUUCUAAAAUAUUGCAAGACAGCCCGUACGACCAGGCUGCAUGGAGCCUAAAAACACAGGCUCUUACAGAGAUGGUAUACAUUGAUGAAAUUGAGGUUGAUCAAGAAGGGAUUGCUGAGAUGAUGCUGGAUGAAAACGCCAUUGCUCAGGUUGCACGCCCUGGAACUUCUCUGAGACUGCCUGGAACAAGUCAUGGGGGUGGUCCCACACCUGCUGUCAGGCCUAUGACUCAGUCAGGACGUCCCAUUACAGGAUUUGUGAGGCCCAAUACACAGUCGGGACGUCCUGGCACGAUGGAGCAGGCCAUUAAGACGCCACGCACCGCAAGUACGGCCCGACCCGUCACCAGCGCCUCGGGUCGAUUCAUUCGUCUGGGAACAGCUUCAAUGUUAACCAAUCCAGAGGGGCCGUUUAUAAACCUGUCAAGGCUAAAUAUGUCAAGAUAUUCCCAAAAGCCCAAUCUGUCCAGGACACUCUUUGAGUACAUCUUGCAUCAUGAAAAUGAUGUCAAAAACGCGCUAGACUUGGCUGCUCUAGCAACUGAGCAGGCUCAGUUCAAAGACUGGUGGUGGAAAGUCCAGCUCGGAAAAUGCUACUACAGGCUUGGUUUGUACCGAGAGGCAGAGAAACAGUUCCGAUCAGCUCUCAGCCAUCAAGAGAUGGUGGAUACGUACCUCUAUCUUGCAAAGCUGUAUCAGCGCCUGGAUCAACCAAUAACAGCCCUCAACCUCUUCAAACAUGGCUUGGACCACUUUCCUGGCGAGGUCACCCUACUGACGGGAAUCGCUCGCAUACAUGAGGAGAUGAACAACAUGGCGUCUGCCACCGAGUACUACAAGGAGGUCCUAAAGCAGGACAACACACACGUGGAGGCCAUCGCUUGUAUCGGCAGCAAUCACUUCUACUCGGAUCAACCUGAGAUUGCGCUGCGCUUCUACAGGCGGCUUCUGCAGAUGGGGGUGUAUAAUUGUCAACUAUACAACAACCUGGGCCUGUGCUGCUUCUACGCGCAGCAGUACGAUAUGACGCUGUCGUCUUUCGAGAGAGCGCUGGCCCUGGUGGCCAAUGACGAAGAGCAAGCUGAUGUGUGGUACAACAUUGGACAAGUUGCUUUGGGUAUUGGAGACCUGACUUUGGCCUACCAGUGUUUUAAACUGACGUUGGCUUUUAGUAAUGACCAUGCCGAAGCCUACAACAACCUCGCAGUGCUGGAGCUCCGCAAAGGUCGUGUUGAACAGUCAAAAGCCUUCCUGCAGACGGCUGCCACAUUGUCGCCUCACAUGUAUGAGCCUCACUACAAUCUGUCCAUUCUCUCUGAAAAGAUUGGAGAUCUUCAGAGCAGCUAUAUGGCGGCCCAAAAGUCUGAAGAUGCCUUCCCUGAACACGUCGACACUCAGCAGGUCUUGGUACAACUUCGCCAGCAUUUUGCAGCACUGUGAACUCUUGGAAUGGUUUGAAUGCUCCCCAUGUAGGGUUUUCAAAACCUCUCUUCCUAAAAGUUUUGAAAGAGAAUUUUCUCUGUGUAAUAUAGCAGAAGAUUCAAUAACGGAACCGGCUGUUGAUCAAAGCUGUAAAUCCUAACUUAGAUGAUAUUUAGAGCACAUUUGUAAAAGUUUAGCUUGCAAUUGAGGCUCGAAAUGCCGGCCUGUGUAUAAACUGGAGAAUUAUUUUGUAAGAGAAUGUAUUUUUGACGUGAAUGGCAACAUAAUGUAUAAACAUGUCAAACAGUGUGUAUGUGGUCAAGAGCAUUUUUUAUUGGUUGAGAGAUCAACUUUUGUAGUUUGUUAAUACAUCUCAUAAAUUGGAACCAUUUUUGACUGUCUGUGUUCUUGACAAAUACAGCCGCAUCAGUUUAAAAAAAAAA